CGCUACGCAUUCAUGCCUCCCGCAGCUUCAUCUCGAGCCCUCCCGAAGCGCACAGACAGUCUACAAGCCAUAAAAAACCCACAGCUGUUCAUUGCCAUCGAGGAUGAAGUACGCGAUUGCAAACGCGUGCAAACCCAUGGACAAGAGGAGGAUCUCAAGGAAGCGUUGAGCCGCAUGAUGUCAAGGGUCGAGGAGUUGUGCGCACUCUUGAAAUCAUCAUAUCAGACGGCUUCCGAUGUCGAGACAAGCCUGACCUUGUGCCAAUCGAAUCUCAAACUUUCGCUCGCAAACAACGAGAUGCUUGAGGAUGCGCUCAGGAGAAACUCUUCGUCGAAAGACGUAGGGUGGCGCAGAUCAUCCCGUGAUACUACGUCCCAACCAGUGCAGGAAGUGCAUCCUCAAUCACAAAGGGCCAGCCUCGAGGAAGGACAUGAGUAUAGGAAGGGUUCGAACGCGCCCGAGCUCGAGAGCCCGUCUUUGAGCGCUAUGACACCUCCUACUACAUCUCCUUCACAGGACUCUCGAUUUUUUCGGUUCCGCUUUACGAGCGGGCGCACAACCCCAACGCAAUCCAACUCUCCUGAUCUAGGUAAUCAACCUCUGCCUAAUGGUUUACGGUCGCCGAACUCGGCCCUUGUGGGACACUUGACAUCCGCCUCGCUACCAUCCUUGCUCCCUCCACAGUCGCACGAAAAGGAACUCGAACAGCUUCGGGCUAAGCUAGAGGACGAGAAGCUCAAGUUCGAGAAGAUAGCUGCGGACAAGAAAAAUCUCGAAAGCGAGCUAGAGAGCCUGAGCCAGGCAUUAUUUGA